CUGGCUGGCGACGCGCGUGCCCUGUGGCCAAACACUGAUCAGUGAGUGCAAACUACCAGCACAGUGUGUGACUGUGACUGUAUGAGUGGGAGAGAGAGAGAGCGAGAGAGAGGGGAGGGGAGACAAACUGCUUCACACUUUCCCCAGUGCACAAGAGAGACAGAGGCUGCAUGUGCACAGUUUUGCUCAAAGAUCUCCAAAGACUCUCAGCAUCCCACAGAUUCAAUCAAAAGCAACAACAGAAAAUCAGCUGUUGUCAAACAUGGAUGAAGGAAUCCCUCGUUUGCAAGACAGGCAGUUGCUAGAACAUGUGGAUUUUAUAGGACUGGACUAUCCAUCCUUGUAUUUGUGCAAACCCAAAAGAGGCAUGAAAAGAGACGAGAGUAAGGAAACAUACAAACUGCCACAUAGAUUGAUAGAAAAGAAGAGACGAGACAGGAUUAAUGAAUGCAUUGCUCAGCUAAAAGAUUUAUUGCCUGAGCAUCUGAAAUUGACGACAUUGGGGCAUCUAGAGAAAGCUGUAGUUUUGGAAUUAACUUUGAAACACUUGAAAGCUUUAACAGCCUUAACGGAGCAACAGCAUCAGAAUAUAAUUGCUUUACAGAAUGGGGAGCGGUCUAUGAAGUCCCCCAUUCAGUGCGACCUGGAUGCUUUCCAUUCGGGAUUUCAAACGUGCGCCAAAGAAGUCUUGCAAUACCUCUCCAGGUUUGAAAGCUGGACUCCCAGAGAGCAGAGAUGUGCCCAGCUCGUAAACCAUCUGCACGCGGUUUCCACUCAGUUCUUACCCAGCCCCCAGCUGUUGACUCCACAGGUCCCUGUGAGCAAAGGAUCCUCCUCCUCCUCCUGUACACAAGAUCGCACCGGGCAAAAGCUGGAGGCUCAGACUAACUGCGUCCCUGUCAUCCAGCGGACUCACCCGCCCGUGGAGCUCGGCGGGGAGAACGACACCGACACGGAUAGCGGCUAUGGGGGGGAGAGCGAGGGCCGGCCGGAUCGAGAGAAAGGCCAAGCGGCCGGGCUGCCCGGCGUGACUAUCAAACAGGAGCCCGCCGGGGACGAGGCCCCAGCGCCCAAGAGGCUGAGGCUGGAUUGCAGCAGCAGCGCCACGCUCCCGGCUGCCGCCGCCGCCGCGCUGAGCCCCGAGCACCAGGCAGCUGCUGCCCUGCUGAGACCCGACGCCGCCCUGCUCAGCUCCCUCAUGGCCUUUGGCGGGGGCGGGGCUGCUUUUGGCCCGCAAGCCGCCGCCGCCCCCCUUUGCCUGCCCUUCUACUUCAUCUCCCCCUCCGCGGCCGCGGCCUACAUGCAGCCCUUGCUGGACAAGAGCAACCUGGAGAAAUAUCUGUACCCAGCCGCCGCCCCCAUCCCUUUGCUCUACUCCGGAAUCCCGGCCCAGGCCGCCGCCGCUGCCUUCCCCUGCCUGUCCUCGGUGCUGGCGCCGGCUGAUAAGGCGAACGCAGCCGCCGCCGCCUCGGCCCUUCUGCCUCUUGACAUGGUCUCUGCCGGGCAGCACCUGCCCCAUCUCUUCGCUGCUGCCUGCGAGACUGGGCCCAGCCUGGACAGUGACCUUCCCUCCCCGGAAGAUCUUUUGCAGCCCGGAAAGGAAAGCCCCUGAACUGUGCUACGGGACAUAAGAUUCAGCCCACCCAUGCUCCCUAGUAGGGAGGAAGAAGGAGCCCAUCCUAAUAAAUAAUAACAGCAACAAUCAGAAACAACCCACCUACCCACGUUGUGGUUUUAAAGGAGAAAGUGUAAUAGAUUUGCACGAUGUUUCUGUUGUGGUUGUUUUAUUUCUUUGGUGUUCUCUCCUGCUGCGUUCCUUCCCCACCAACAAACCAAUUUUUCUGCUGUAAAAGAUCCUUUGCAUUUCUGUGUUUCACAGAGAAUCACAACUUGUCUCCACAUUUACCGAAAGGGAGCAAUUAGAAACAGGCUUCAAAUCAAACGUUUUGUAAGCCAGAGGGUCAGAUUCAGUUUCUGAUCCAGAGUGUCAGUGACAUUUGAAAGUGGGUAGGCAAAAAAAGUUGCCCUGGGGGUCACAGGCUAUGGUUAUGGCCUCUCUAGAGAUGUGUAUUAAUAAUAAUAAUAAUAAUAAUAAUAAUAUAUAGAAGCAAAUGAAGAUCAUACAGUAUCUGACUCAAUGUAGGGUGGGAGUGCUUAACUCUAGAGGCCUCUGCCACUGCUUGAGAAUCUUUAAGGAUUACAUUUGCUACUCAGUAUUUUUUUAAUGUUUGGCUUUAUAAAUGCAUAAAUACAUUAAAAAAGAAAAGAAAGAAAAAAUAGUAAGGAUAUGCUUUUCUCUAAAGUAAACGUUGCACCUUAUUUUGAAAUGUUUUUCUGUAGUAUCUCUAUGUUCCACUUAGUAAUUUGCACUUGUUUAAAGAGACUUGGAUUGGUUCAUUAUCAGAAUGGGGGAGAGAAAGAGAAGGUGAGUUUUAAGUACAUACGUUCGCACUUUAUUGAGAAAUGGACCAUGAAUGAAUUGAUCUUGAGCCCAGUCCUUCAGUGCUUUGAGUACCCAGAGUUGCUACUGGCUUCAGUCAGAGUUUUGGAUGCACAAGGAAUAGAGGGUCAGGCCUAUGCUAUGAUUUCUUCUUAGCUAAGGUAUAGAGGUAUGGCAAGUGCAUUUGUUUCCACCUGUCCUUAUUUAAUUUCAGUAUUUUCCUGAGUUUUUAUAACCUUGCUUUAUAAAACAAAAACAUUUCUGCACUGAAAAAAAAAAAACAAAAACUGACAACCCUGAACUAAUUGUAUCCCAAAUUAAAAACUGGAGGAAAUUAUUAAACAUCUCAGUUUUUGAUUGGAAAUGCUUAGAAGAUAUUGGAUAAGGUCCCAUGAAGUCCUUUUGUCUCCAAAUAUCGUGAUUUCCCUUUCUGGAGACUGUACAGCUGCCAGAUAAUCACACAGAUAAAGCUUUAUUAAUAAGGCUUAAAACAAGACCUUGCCUAGAUAUUUUUAGUUUGUUGCCAAGGUAGCACUGUGAGAAAUCUCACUUGAAUGUUAUGUAAGAGGUGAGACACAACUGUCUGACUGAGUGAAUAAGUAUCCUGGGUCUGUUAGUCAGUUUGAUUGCAUUUGCUGCUGCUGUUGCUACUGUUUGCCUCAAACGCUGUGUUUAAACAACGUUACAAAAAAAUCUUACCAGCCUGCAGAAUGGCUGUAUGUAAAUAGUUGUUAAUACAUCCAAUUAAUGAUGUCUGACAUGCUAUUUUUGUAGGGAGAAAAUGUGUUAAUGAUAUUUUGAGUUAAAUAUCUUUUGGGGAGGAUUUGCUGAAAAAAGUUGCACUUUUGUUACAAUGCUUAUGCUUGGUACAAGCUUAUGCUGUCUUAAAUUAUUUAAAAAAUAAAUACUGUCUGCAAGAAAACAGCUGUUUUAGAACAGUUUAGUAUGUGAUAUAUUAGAAAUCAAUCUUUAUAUUCAGUAUUUUCCAGCACUCCACAAAUUCUAUUAUCUAAAUAUUUACACACUAUUUUGUGAUUUAAAAAAGUCUUACUAAGGAAUAAAAGCUUUAAUACACAACAUGGGGUUGUCUAGUAAUUAAAAAUUCCUACAUUAAUACAGCAUAAUGGAUGCAUAGCAAACCUUAAAAAUGUCUAGUGCGAAUGUAGAUAGAAAUUUAUUUUGUCUUUGCAUAUUUUAAAGAUGGUUUUGCAUUUGCUUACUUUCCUUUGAGUUUAAUGAAUUGUAUUUUAGAGUGUGUACAUUACACAAAGCACUGCAUAAAGCAUGCAUGCCCACACAUUUCUAAUUAUAUUUUAAAUUGUUCUAUGCUUUUUUGCAGUAUAUUCAUUCUACAUUUUAAAAUGAUAAAAUAUAACAAUUCACACUAUAGAUAUUGUACAUAUUUAGUAAUUGUCCAUAAUUAUCAGACUUUAAUUAUCAGAUUUUUUAUGACAGGUUGAUGGCAUUUGUUUCACAAAUGUUGGGGGAAAUCACCUAUAUCUGAAACUGGAAAUAUUGUAAAAAAACCAGCUUUAUAGGGAUACAAUCAAAUAAUUUACAGUAUGGGAAAAUAUUCCUCUAAAGACCUUAACAGUUUUAAUAUGGAUGAGAUUUGGGGCUUUUUUCCUUUUAAAAUUUCAUCAUCCUGUUCCUGAGAAAAUAAUUUUUAAAAAAGUAGGGAGAGUUUAUGUAAGAUAUAAAUAUAAAAACAAUGUUUUGUGCUCCCUCUACUGGUUCUUCAGUACCAAUUAACAAUCAAAGUGUUUUCAUAGCUGCACUGAGGUUGGAUUGAGCUGCAGUACAAAUAUAGUAGCAAAUUUUCAAAAAAAUAAAA